CUCUUCGAGUAAGUUGCUUGCCUUGCUUGUGCGGUGCCGCGAACUCAGCCUCAGGAUUGUGCAGGAUUUGUGUUUGUCCGGACAUUCACUGGCCGUUUAUCGUGUGCUGGUUACUUCGUUCGUGACGUAGGAAGACGAAGGCUCAGCCAGCGAUUCGACGCGUGACGGCGAACUUCAGUCGGCAUAUACGAAGUCCGUCAGUCCUCGAGGUGUGCGCAGUUCCCGCAGGAGUUGCAAAGGAGUCCCCCGGGCAGGAGUCUGUGUGGUGAAGAGCGAGAAAGCCGAGAGCCGGCAUACGUUUAGCCCUAGCCGACCCUCACUAUAGUCCGUCGUUACCACCGCGUGACGUUGUCUUGCCCUGAGUGACGCCAUGGCCAACUGCUACGGGUCGCACCCUGGAGAUGAGCCUUCCUCUUCCAACCUGAUCAUCAACUACCUGCCGCAGCGACUCAGCGACCAAGAGUUCCACGACCUCUUUGCCCAAAUCGGCCCUAUCAAGACUUGUAAAAUUGUACGCAAUAAGCAGUCUGGUUACAGUUAUGGCUUCGGUUUCGUCGAUUAUCAUAAUCCGGACGACGCUCAAAAAGCUAUCGGCUCUUAUAAUGGUUACAAGAUGGACAACAAGACUCUGAAAGUGGCCAUCGCCAAGCCGUCCGACUCUAAUCAUUCAAAGAACACUAAUGUGUAUAUUCGUGGCGUACCGCGGAAUUUCGACCCGGCGGAGCUCGAGGCAAUGUUUUCACAAUUUGGUCGGCUCGUACAGUUCCGCGUACUUCGCGACAUGGCUGCUAACGCCAAUAAAGGUGUGGCAUUUGCUCUUUAUGAUGAUAAAUCGAAUGCCGAUCGCGCCAUUCAAGGCAUGAGCGGCAAGACUCUUCAAGGCGGCGUUGAGCCGCUACAGGUGAAAAUCGCUGAUGAUCAAAUGAAGCUAAAGAAACACAGAGCCAUGACAAUGGGUGAGCAAAUGGGCGGCCGUGUCGGGGGGCCUAUGCACGGUCGGAUGGGUGGCCCACCUUUCCAUAAUUCUUUCCGCCCAAAUGUUCGUUUCAACCCUAUACACAAGGCCGGACCCGGGAAUUACGGUGGCCAAGGUGGCGGAUACGGACAGGCUGGCGGUCAGAAUGCUGGUAGCUACGAUACUCAAAACGGUAGUGGUGGCGGCUUCAUUCUUUUUGUGUACAACAUUGGCGUGGAUACUGAUGACAGUUCACUGUUUCACUUAUUUGCCCAGUAUGGGACGGUUGAGAAAGCCUCCGUGAUUCAGGACAAAAUGACCAUGAAGUCAAAAGGCUAUGGUUUUGUCACAAUGCAAAACUAUUCUGAGGCUGUAUGGGCCAUCGAACAGUUGAACGGUUUCCAUUACGCGGGCAAACCGCUGCAGGUGUCGUUCAAGACUCCCGGCAAAGUCGCUAGUGGUUCGAUGGGUGGUGCUAUGGGCACCGGAAUGACGAUGAACCAGGGUGCCGGUAUGGGCAUGGCUAUGGAUCAGGGCGGCUAUGACAACGGGAAUCAGGCUGGUGGUUAUGGGACAGCGUACGGGGCUGAUGGCGCAAAUGGGGGCGCCUACGGCCAACAGGGAUACGGCAACAAGAGGCAACAGCAGCAGCAACAACAACAGCAACAACAAUACUAUUGAAGAGACGGGCAGUUAACAAACACCACGGCAGCAGGACAGCGUGGGGUACCCAUCUACAAAACCGUCUAUUUUAUCAAGGGGGUUCAACAAUAGAGUGUAUUACUGUAUUUGAAGAGGCCGAACGAAAACAUCUAACUUAACUCUUCUGUCUUGUAUUGGUAAAGUGUGGGCUAUUUGUAGUACCCAGCGUAUAAACGACUACCACAGCAGGCCAACGUUUAAAGAGGGUGGAUUUUUGUUAUUGAGACGUUUACCACCAAUGUAAUUCGUGUUAUUAUUAUUAUUAUUAUCAUCAUUAUUAUUGUUACAUCUAAGCACUUAAAUUAGUGGUAUUUUUUUAAUUUAAGGCACUCCCAGAAUGUAUUAGUUUAAGGCAGGGAUGUAAAAUUAAUUUAGUGGUGCUGUUGCUACAUUUAUUUUAUUACCGUCCGUAGAAAUUUGAAUUCAAACUUUUUUUAUUGAAAAAUGCCGAAAUUAUUAAUGGGCUCUAUUCACCGUUACCACCUCAUUCAUUAUUAUCAGUAUCUCGGGUACGUAGGAUAAGGUAAUUCACCGCACUACGUAGACGAGUUGAUUUUAAUGAUUCGUCUAUCUACCCUUUUUUUGCCGCGUGUCUCAUCAAGUGUUUACGCUUGCAAUGUUACCACAACAGUGUCAAUUAGUGAAGAGUUAGUUGGGCCGGUUGUAAUGGCCAAAUCUGCCGCGACUUCAGGAGGAGAUAUUUCCUCCUAUUCAUAGAACUAAAACGAUAUUUCUUUGUGCGUAGUAGUAAUUUAAAAAGUGAGCAAAAAGUAACUCGUACAUUCGUUUAUGAUAUAUUUUUGCGACAAUGCUAUUGCCAUUAUUAUCUGAUGUCAACUAUUGCUAUUAUUAUUAUUAUUAUUGAUGUAGUAAUAUUAAACAUUAGUAUCAAUGUACACUGUCUACUAUUCAUAUUUAUAUGAAUUAGGGUUCGCUUGUGGCGCGCUCAAUACAAAUAUACUGAUUGAUAAUAAUUAUAUUAAAGUAAUCACAAUAAUUAUAAUCAUAAAAAUAUUAUUGCUGUACAACUAAUAAUUAUUAUUGUUUUUUUGAGUUGUGCGCGCCGCCAUGAUAGUCGCUUGAACUGCGAUUUUGCAGGCAGCAACAUCAGCUGAUUGCAGCCGCAAACUAUGGUCGACAACGCCAAUUCCCGAACCCCCACAGAUCACGUCCACUUACCUGCCCACAGCUGACCGAGAGCCACUCGCUGAUAUUUGCGUACCAUCGGCGUGACUAUAUUCUUUAUUCAUAUAAUUGUCUCAUUUUCGGAAGUUAUUUGAAUUGAUCUACCAGGUUAUAGGAUGGGUCGAAAUUAUUUGUGGGGGCCCGAUGACAUCAAUAUUAGAGCCUAUCCAAGCGUGUGAGCGAAGCAGAGUAAGGCGAAACGAUAUGAUAACAACGGCAGGUGGAUAUACACGUACAGAUGCGUGUGUUCCACAUAUUUAGUUAGUGGUAUCUGUAAACUGUGUUCUUUUAUUAUUAUGAUUCCUUUGCAUUUUUCACUCUUUCACUAUUGAUGAACAGAAACAGUAGAUUUGCAGCGCCCCUUCUGUUGUUAAGGUCGGAAGGUAGCUUGGCGUUCUCAGCGGAGUGCGCAUUUGACAGGAGAAGAACGAAUUACGGUUACAUUUCUAGAUUAACAAUAAUAAUUAACGAGUAAAAAGACAAAACGAAACCCCCUGAUGCCUUCCUGACAAACAUCGAAUUAUUUGUAUUAUUACUGCUCCCUGUGCUGUUUGCCAAUGUCACUACCACCUUUAGUCACCGUUGCCAGCGUCAUGCUACAAUCAUAAGUACAUCAUCAAGACCAUCGUCCAUCAUUUCGAUUUGAUACGACUUGAGUGUUUGUGUUGAUGUUUCGCGGUAGUUUUUUUAAUAAUGAUAACAGUGUUGCUACGGCCGCUGACCUUAGUUGCAGUAAGAGGUGACACCAAUGGAAGAUCGACAUUAUUUUAUCGUAUAUGUUCUAUUGGUUAAAAAACUAUAGUUAUGUUCGAAAUGUGCGUGGGUGUAGCGUUAGAUGGUCAACAAAUUUUUGUUGUGCUGAAAUAGCGUACUUGCAAGAGAAGUAUUACUAUUGAGACGGAGAGCAUAACUUGAUGAAGGCGGCUGCAGCAUGAGGACAGAAGGGGCUAUGUAGUGGCGGAAAACAACACCGGAUCUCUGUCACGAUAAACCAACCUCCUUGCUCUGAUAGAAAUAAGCAAACACAUUAGCGUAACAAAAACGCGUGACAUUCUUCAAACACUCACUACCCAGUAAAAUCACAACUACGAGCUAAAAUAAAAACAGGCAAUGUACUGUACAUUAUUA